AUGAGUAAAAUCUCGAAACUUUUCAAGGGAAGUUCCAGCUCCAGCUCCGGUUCGUCCGGUUCGUCUAAGUCCAGGCACCACCGGUCGAGGGCAGGGCCGUCCGCCCAGGAGGCCAUCCACAAGCUCCGGGAGACCGAGGAAAUGCUGACCAAGAAGCAGGACUACCUGGAGAAAAGGAUUGAGCAAGAAAUCUCCAUAGCCAAGAAGCAUGGCACGAAAAACAAGAGGGCUGCCCUGCAGGCCCUGAAGAGGAAGAAGCGUCUGGAGCAGCAGCUGACGCAGAUCGACGGCACGCUUUCCACCAUCGAGUUCCAGCGGGAAGCUCUGGAGAACUCGCACACCAACACGGAGGUGCUGAAGAACAUGGGCUACGCCGCCAAGGCCAUGAAGCAGGUCCACCAGAACAUGUGA